AUGUCUCUGCAGGGAAAGGUUGCAAUUGUGAGCGGAUCGUCCGCUGGCAUCGGGGCUGCGAUAGCCAAGGAGUUGUCAGGGCGAGGAGCCACUGUCGCCAUCAAUUAUCCGUUCCCAAGCGAGAAAGCGAAUGCGGACGCAGUAUUGCAGAGCUUUGGCCCAGAAGCCACCGCAAUCGCCGUCGAAGCGGACUUGUCAACUUUCGAAGGUCCAAAGCUACUAGUCAAGGCAGUAACGGAGGCUUUUGGCAAGAUCGACAUCUUGGUCAACAAUGCUGGUGUCGUCAUAACCUCUGAGCUCGAUGAGCCAGAUGACAAGGUCAUUUCUGAAAUCUGGGACAAAACUAUCAAUUUGAACGGUCGUGGAGUCUUGUUGCUUACCAGGGCGUGCUUGCCGUACCUUCGUGGCCAAAACUCGCGCAUCAUCAACAUUGCCAGCGGUAUCUCCCGUGCUGCAGGCCCAAAACAGAGCAUCUAUGCAGGCUCUAAGGGCAUAGUCGAAAGUUUCACACGUUGCUGGGCCAAAGACCUUCCUCCGAAGUAUGGCUGCACCGUCAACGCGGUAGCCCCGGGGCCUAUCGGAACGGAGUCGCUCCUCUCAACUCCCCAGGAAGUGCAGGACGAUCUAAUCCCCGUCAUUCAGAAUACGCCGGUGGCUAAACGGUUGGGCAAACCGGAGGAGGUCGCGUACACUGUCGCUGUGCUGUGCGAAGACAAAGCGAGUUGGAUUAAUGGUGCAUGGAUCCCUGUGACGGGUGGCUUCUUGCUUAGUUAA